CUCUUUGUUUCACAUAUUUUUACUUGUACCCGACCACUAUAGCAAAACAAUGACUAAGAUUAUUGACAUACAGAUUAUUGAAGAGUUAUACAGGACCUUGAAAGAAAAGUACGUGGAUGCAGAUAUUUGUAUUUCUGAUGAACUGCAACUUGGCGUUACCAAAGUAUUGAGGAAACUGGUAGUGGAGGAUAGAAAGGCAAGUCGCCGAGAUUUUGAGCUUGAGCUCUUGGUCCUUUCACAAGCUUUUGAAGAAGACGAACGCGUCUUGGUUGAUGUUAUAAGAAGUUGCAUCCAAAAGCUCCCGUCUACUGACUCGACGCAUGAAAUUCGGGAAAUGGAGUUAAUCACCACUUUUAUUGAUCCCGUGCUUGCUACAAUGUUAAAUAGACCUGAAACAAAAAAGUGUUUCCGCUGGUUGAACCAGCAAGUCAUUGAAUAUGGCACGGAGCCAACAAACUUACGUCCUGACGCUAUCAUGGCACUUGAUCCCACUUGGCAUGAGACAUAUGCUAUUGGGUAUUGUGAGGUGAAGACAAGUGCAGCAGAAAAACACCACCAAGACACACAUCUAGACACAUUAAGAACGGCUUUAUUUUGUAAAGACGCAUUGGAUAGAGGUGAAAUCAAGUGUACUUUGGGUGUUCAGGUUGUUGGUUUUUGCGUGCAAGUUUAUCUCUGCUCAUUAGAAUCAGAAGCGUUGUACCCUUUCUUCCUUCUUGAGAAAUUUGAAGUGCCUAGCUCUUUGCUGAAGUUACCAAAGUUCAUCAGUGAACUCGACAAGUUGAAAAGAAUACUAAAAGCAUACAACAAUCAUUGUGUGAAAAAGUCUCGGAUCGAUAUUGACAAACUGAAGCGACCUUCAAUGCCAACUGAACAUCUGUUUAAGAUUCUGAAUGUUGUUGUUCCGACAAACUUUAAACCUACGCUUGUCUUCAAAUGAUUGACCAUACGUCCAUACCCACACUCACAUAUUGAUAUCCUUGACGUUAGUUUCUGUUAUCAUUUCAUGCCCAAUCCAACUCCUUCCCUAACAGCAUGUGAAUAAAAUGCCAGCAUUUGCUCAUUCUCAUUAUCAUCCUCUAUUAUUUACAG